AUGAUUGCUCGUGGCAUUCUCCUCGGCCCUGACCAGCCGGUUAUCCUUCACCUUCUUGAUAUCCCUCUUGCCGAGAGCUCCCUCAAUGGCGUCCGCAUGGAGCUCAUUGACGCCGCUUUCCCCCUCAUUCACGGGGUCGUCGCGACGACGGAUGUUGAGGAGGCAUGCAAGGGUGUCCAGGUGGCCAUUAUGGUGGGAGGUUUCCCCCGCAAGGCCGGCAUGGAGCGCAAGGACGUCAUGUCCAAGAACGUCUCCAUCUACCGCGAUCAGGCCUCCGCUCUGGAGAAGUUCGCCGACAAGGACUGCAAGGUGGUGGUCGUUGCCAACCCCGCCAACACCAACGCGCUCAUCCUCAAGGAGUUCGCGCCCAAGUUCCCCGCCAAGAACAUCACCUGCCUUACCCGCCUGGACCACAACCGCGCUCUCGGCCAGAUCUCGGAGCGCCUGGGCGUGCCGGUGGCGAACGUGAAGAACACCAUCAUCUGGGGCAACCACUCGUCUACCCAGUACCCCGAUGUGAACCACGCCGUCGUCCUCACUCCUGAGGGCGAGAAGGCCGUGCGCGAGCUUGUCAAGGACGACGCUUGGCUCGAUGGCGAGUUCAUCAAGACCGUUCAGCAACGUGGUGCCGCCAUCAUUGCGGCCCGCAAGUUCUCCAGUGCUCUGUCCGCUGCUUCCUCUGCCUGCGACCACAUCCGGAACUGGGUGAAGGGCACACCCGAGGGCUCAUGGGUGUCCAUGGGAGUGAUUUCUGACGGUUCGUACGGCGUUCCCAAGGACAUCAUCUACUCCUUCCCUGUCACCUGCAAGGAUGGCGAGUGGACCAUUGUGCAAGUCGUCACAUUCACUACCGUUGUGUCUCUGUAUCAAUCCGUCUUGGUUAACCUGGCAGGGCUGUCAAUCGAUGCCAACUCAAGGGCGAAGAUGGACGCCACAGCAGCAGAGCUUGUCGAGGAGAAGGAGCUUGCAUACGAGUGCCUGAAGGCGUAA